GCGGGCUCGGCGAAGGUUCCGGAGCUCGCCCGCCCCCCGGCCCGCCCCGCCGCUGUCACUCGCCGCCCGGCUCCGGUGCGGACUCCCCUGCAGCAGCAGGUAACUUUGCUGAUAAGAUAGCGGAGCAGCGUCAGGACGUCACCGUGAUGGAGGAUCACGCAGCUGGCCAAGAGAAGCACAUCCCAUCAGGCUAUCCCCUUCAGAUACCAGUCGAUGAUGGAUCGGAUGAGCCUGUUUCUGAAACAUCUGACGCAAAGAGCACCCCAACUACGGAAGAUGCCACAGCACCUUUAGUGGAGGAAGGAGACCACGAGGAUCAGGGUGGUGUCGAACAGCACGGGGAGAUCCCAGAAGGAACCACAGCUGAAGAAGCGGGUGUAGGAGCCACCCCCAACCUGGAGGACCAUGCUGCAGGAGAUGUCCCUCAAGGUCGUACGGACAGCAAAGACAAGGAAGGGACUGAAGCUGAGGAAAAGAAACUGAAGGGCCCGGAGAUGAGAGGUGGCACGAAGACGGCCACGCCGCGAUCUGCAGCUGGGCAGGCUCAGAGGAACUCAACCAAUGCCACGCGCAUCCCAGCAAAGACACCCACGGCCCCCAAGACACCUCCCAGCUCCGGCAGAAAGGAGCAGAAAAAACCACCUCCUGCAGCAGCAAAGUCUGAGAAAGGUGAGCAGCCAAAGUCUGGAGACAGAAGCGGUUACAGCAGUCCCGGCUCCCCCGGGACUCCAGGCAGCCGUUCCCGCACUCCCUCUCUGCCCACCCCACCAGCCAGGGAGCCCAAGAAGGUGGCAGUGGUUCGCACACCACCGAAAUCUCCUGCGUCUGCCAAGAGCCGCAUCCAGCCGUCAGCCGCACCCAUGCCUGAUCUGAAAAAUGUGAAGUCCAAAAUUGGCUCAACUGAAAACCUGAAGCACCAGCCCGGAGGUGGCAAGGUGCAGAUUAUUAAUAAGAAGCUGGACUUUAGCAGCGUUCAAUCCAAGUGUGGCUCAAAGGAUAAUAUCAAACACAUCCCAGGAGGAGGCAGUGUGCAGAUUGUUAAUAAGAAGUUGGACUUUAGCAGCGUUCAAUCCAGGUGUGGCUCAAAGGAUAAUAUCAAACACAUCCCGGGAGGAGGCAGUGUUCAAAUCGUUUACAAGCCAGUCGACCUGAGCCACGUGACAUCCAAAUGCGGUUCCCUGGGCAACAUCCAUCACAAACCAGGCGGUGGCCAGGUGGAGGUGAAAUCUGAGAAACUGGACUUCAAAGAUAAGGUGCAAUCGAAAAUCGGGUCCUUAGAUAACAUCAGCCACGUCCCUGGAGGAGGAAAUAAAAAGAUUGAGACUCACAAGCUGACUUUCCGCGAGAACGCCAAAGCUAAGACCGACCACGGCGCCGAAAUCGUCUACAAGUCCCCCACCAUCUCCGGAGAUGCCUCCCCACGCCGCCUUAGCAACGUCUCCUCCACCGGCAGCAUCAAUAUGGUGGACUCCCCCCAGCUCGCCACGCUAGCCGACGAAGUGUCCGCUUCGCUGGCCAAGCAGGGCUUGUGAUCGGGGCACGGCGGGCGAAGAUGAGAGAAGACGAGGAGGAAAAGAAAAAAAAAAGAAAAAAAAAAGAAAAGAAACAAAAAUAAUAAUCUGGCCUUCUUCCUCUGUUCCUUUUACAGCUGCUUCCCCAUCCCCUAACUGGUUAAUGAUUUAACCUGCUUUUACUGUUCAUUCAGCUCUAGCUCCAGGACUUCAAAAUCAGUGACACUAUGAGGUACAAAACCUCCUCUCCCCCUGCUCCUCGGAGCGCGCAGCCCGUCCCCGUCCCCCACUCCCUCCCCUCGUCCCCCCACGAGGUCCCUCACUGUCCCAGCCCCACCUGGGGCCACCCGCCCUGGUGGGGACCCUCACCGCCCCGGGGAGGGGGACAGAGGGGGCAGCCGCAGCACGAUGCCGACCCCAGCACCCCACACCGCAGCGCAUGGCAGCGGGAGGCCCUCACGGGGAGGGAACGUCACCUUCCCUUGCUCGUUGCCCUAACGAUGCCCGGGCCGGAGGUCUGGCCUGCGGGCAGCACAGGUAGUGGGUGCUGCAGCCAGGGACUGCAGGGAGGUGCCCUCCCUUUCUGCGUUAAAUUUGCCUGCUGAUUUGGAAGAAAACCUUUUGUUUUUUACCUCCGAAAGACGAGAUGUGUAUGAAGAUAACUGCCAGGUAUCCCCUAAACCCGCUCUCAGCUCCGGCAGCUGGAGUACCGGCGACGCCGGGGUGUCUCACGGCGGAAGGGGCCCCGGAUGGCCGUUCCCCUCUCCGUGGCUGUGCUGGAACCGCUGAGUGGAUGAGUAGAGGCUUUUCCCCAUUCCUUUGGCAGCCCCUCGUGUCGUAGAGUAGAUUUGUCUGUAUAUGCUUGGACCGUGCCAGGGUGAUUGUUUUCAUAAAUGAGCAUGUGUUAAAAAAAAUAAUAAUAAUGCUGUAAGUAGUUUUGAGCUGCCCCGUGCCGGCUCCCAGCGAGGAGGGUCUGAGGGGGAGCGUUGCCGAGCUCCGGGUUGUGCCCGGAGCCGGUGUUGAUGGGGCAGCCCGGCACCGCAUGUCUGCCGGGCGCAGGGGUGGGCGCAGAGCCACUGCCCUGCUCCCUGGGGAGGGCUGGGGGGGACACGGCGGGGGCUUCCCGGCUCUCUGCACCUCCCAGGGCCCGGGGAUGCUGUGCUAGGGGCACUCGCAGCUCCAGGGCUGGGGUGGCCCCUGGAUUUGGGUGCAGCUUGUAACAUUUUUGGGUUGUUCUUUUUUUUUUUUUUUUUGUUGUUGUUGUUUUUUCCCCUGCAAGGUCAGCUAAGAGAUGGCGAAGCGGCAGCUCCAUGGCUCUGCUGUUCUCGGGCCGUUGGCAGCGGUAGGAGACAACCGGGAGGACGCGAGGGGACGGUGCGAGGGCGGUUUUAGCUGGCGCAUGGUGGCAGCUCCCCCAGGUCCCCCGGGCUGCUCCCUGGCACCGAACCCCCCCCCCCAGGGACCUCUCCUCGUCUGCGUUCGCAGCACGUUACCGCUCGCGGUGUCUCCUUCACACAGCACCACCACCCCCCCCAGCACCACGCAGGGGAAAAGAGAUGAUGGAUUGAUUGAUUUCAUUUUUAUGCUGCUUUUGUUCCUGUGGCAACCUAGGAAGCAUGGGGGGGGGCUGGGGCUGUGCUGCACCCGUGGCCGUCCCCCCACGCCCCUUCCUUCGACAACCAAAGAGGCUGAGAUGCGCCCGGUGCAGCUCGGUGUGCGUCCUCCCACCCUGGCUCCCCCCGAGGCACCAGCUGAGCUGGGGGGGGGUCGAGCUGGCAGAGGGGUGCCUGGGGUGGGGGGAAGGGGCCAAAGUCGCAGUGUGUGGGGUCUCACUGGGGUGAUGGGCACCGCUUCCCCUCGAGAUGGAGACGGGGGCUGUUUUGGUGGCUGUUAAUUCGGGAGAGCAGCGGUUCCUCCCGCUUCCCUCCGCAGCGGGAGCUGAUGGACCUGCCGGGGCUGCUGCUGCCGUCGCACGCCCCGCGCGGGCUCUGAUGGGCUUUUCUGCGCCAUGCUGGGACCUGAGCACCGGCCUCUGGCAUCGCAGGAGGACGGUUGGGUUUGGGGGUGGCAAUUUACUGGGGGGGGGGGGGGGGUCCAACCCUUGUCUCUGCAGCCCCGGGAGCUGCUUUACUGCUGGGGAGAGGCUGGUCCAGCACCAACGGGUCCCGCCAACGCCCACGUCCAGCUUGUUGCUCGCUGCGGUUCAGUUGACUCUAUGAUUGUAAGACUCUGUCCCCCAGUCUGUGACUGUCCCUGUCGCGCUGUCGGGUGUAGGAGCCGCUGCGAUGAUAUUUUUUUUUUUUUUUGUCCUCUGUAAAAACGAGCAAGCGGGAGAACCACCCACCGCCAGUCACCCCUUUUAACCCUUUUCGGCUGCGGGAUGGCGCGUAGCUGAGCGUCCUCUGCCCCGUUGCCACCCCUCCGUGCGGCUCCCGAGGGACACAGGUGCCCCUUCCCGCUGCGAGCAUCCUCGGCUGCGCGCACAUCCCAGCCCCAUCUGCCGCCAUCCUCCCCCCCAGGGGGCUGCCGGGGGGGUCCCACGACAGCCCUUUCCAGCCACCGUGUCACCCGCUGUCCCCUUCCAGCAGCCCCGAGCCACGUCCCCAGCCCCGCGUUCAGACCCAGGCCUGAUGGUUUCCAUGAGCAGCCGGACAGCCUGACCCAUGGCUUCUCCUUUGCUCCACACAUCUUGGGCUGAAAAGGGUUAAAACCGGCACUAAUUAAAAAAAAAAAAAAAACACAAACCCCCCCUAUGUUUCUGCACUCAAAAAAAAAAAAAAAAAAAUAA